CUUUAUAGAACAACAAUAAAACAAUUGCGCAAUUGUUGAAAUUACCAUUUUAAUUAACUAUUCAUAAACGCUGGACGCUGCACCAUUUGACCCUAGAAAAAAUAUCUAAUAAUUUUUAUUGGAGUAAAAUUAAACGUUGUAAAUCAAAUCAAAAAAGAAUAUGCACGUUAUUGAAUUGAGAGGUUUGAGGAACUUGCCAUUUAGAUGCGAGUAUUGUGGUGAAGUGUUUACUAAUAAAAAAGCGUUACAAGAUCAUUUAUGGAUGCGCCAUGGAAAAACAAGUAACCAUACUUGUUUAGGACAUUUUGAGAUCAGAUUUUUGAAGGGUCUGCCAUACAGAUGCGAGUAUUGCGGAAGAACGUUUAAUACUGAAUCAGCGUUACAGCAACAUAUCAAUGAAGAACAUAGUGGAGGAAAUAACCAUACUCGUUCAGGUGGAUUCUUUAUGUACGAAGAAUGCGAAUUAAUGUGUGAAGAAUGCUUUACAUUAGACCAGCGAAUUAUUCUGCCUGAUCCAUUUUCUGAAGAAACCUUUGAAGUAUUUGGAAAAUUACAAAAAGAUGUCGAAAAAUCCGAAAGUUUAAGAUCAACAAAUAAAACUGAAGAAAAAUGCUUCAAAGAUUCAAUUAAAAUAAAGGAUAAAAAUGAAAUAAAAAUUGAGGAUCGACAAAAUAAACAGAAUAAUGCUGCAGAAGAGAAGUGAGAUCUAGCAGAAAGUCUUCAGGAAUUCUUUUCUUCAAUUGCUCAUAAAAAUUCUGAGAUCGGUAAAUCUUCCGAGUAAUUAGAAAUAUAUAAAUGCCACUUCUGCAAGAAAAAUUCACUAAUCGAAAAACAUUUGAUAAGAAAUUACUUCCUUUGCAGAAAUAUUCAUAUAAAAUUUGGAAAAACAAUUUGUAAAUUCAAAAUUAUACAUGAUUCUCAGUGGCAUUUAAUUGAAUAAAAUCGUUUCUAUU